CUGCUAACUUGUCACUUUCUGCUAUGCUAUCUUCCAUUUUUCUAUAUAAAUACUCACUCAGUACUCCCAUUUUUGUACUCACCUCUUCAAUCCCCUUCUCUCUUUAAACUACAUUUUAUUGUGUUUCUCAAUGGCUAUCCCUGCAGUAUCCAUGUUUUCUCUUGUACUUUUCUUCUUCAACUUUUGCCUUCAAGGAGUGUAUGGUGACUAUGGAGGAUGGCAGACUGCUCAUGCUACCUUCUAUGGUGGAGGCGAUGCGUCCGGCACAAUGGGGGGUGCCUGUGGAUAUGGAAACCUGUACAGCCAAGGUUAUGGCACAAACACUGCAGCACUAAGUACUGCUCUAUUUAACAAUGGGUUAACUUGUGGCGCGUGCUACGAGUUAACUUGCAACGGUGACCCCAAAUGGUGCCUCUCGGGAACCAUUACAGUCACAGCAACAAAUUUUUGCCCUCCCAACCCAUCUCUGCCGAACGACAACGGCGGGUGGUGCAAUCCGCCCCGUCAGCACUUUGAUUUGGCUGAACCGGCUUUCUUGCAAAUUGCUCAAUACCGUGCUGGAAUUGUUCCGGUUUCUUUCCGAAGGGUGCCCUGCGUAAAGAAGGGAGGAAUAAAGUUCACAAUAAAUGGUCAUUCCUACUUCAACCUUGUGUUGAUAACCAAUGUUGGUGGUGUGGGUGACGUACAUUCAGUAUCAAUCAAGGGUUCAAAAACAGGAUGGCAACAAAUGUCAAGAAAUUGGGGCCAAAAUUGGCAGAGCAAUUCCUAUUUGAACGGCCAAAGCCUCUCGUUUCAAGUCACCGCAAGUGAUGGAAGGACAAUCACUAGUGGCAAUGUCGUCCCAGCUGGUUGGCAAUUCGGACAAACAUUCCAAGGCGGGCAAUUUUAGUUCCGUUAAUUGAAAAUUCAUAGAAACAUUUGGAAAAAAUUCGACUUUAAAGAUUAAGUUUGGUAUUAGUCAAGAUGGGUUGCCGGAAUAUGUCAUGAUUUGGACAAGUCAAGUCUAUGACAAGUACCUCUAAUGAUGUGGUGGCUGGAUAGCACCCGCAUAAGCCUACUUAUCAUAGUUUUUAUAGUUAUUGUUUGUUUGUUUGUUUUUUUUUUUUUUUUCCAUAUAUAUAAUUCAAAUGGUGGCAAAGAUUGAAUGAAGCCACCUAAAUAUCAUAUAAGUUUGUAAGUAAAAAUCUUAUUCAAUGCAAAAUCUGAACUUCGAGCAACUUAUGUAUGA